AUGUUGGGAGUGAAAGCACUGUCGAUUCUGCUAUGCGGCGCGAUCGCGCAGAGCAAGUACAUCGUGCCCGGGGGCCGUUGGCAUGACACAGAAGGCAAUUUAGUGAACGCUCACGCGGGAGGCAUUACUUUCGACAAGAGCACGGGCCGAUUCUGGUGGUUUGGUGAAUACAAGACUGAGGGACAGGAGGAGGGUGGAGGUGUGUCGGUGUAUAGCUCCGAAGAUUUGGCAACGUGGGAAUCCCAUGGAUUGGCGUUGGAACCCGUGAAAAACCAUACGUAUAUCUCUCCCGAGCAUAUUAUACAGCGACCCAAGGUUGUGUAUAGUGAGGAGGCUAGUCAGUAUCAUAUGUUCUGGCAUGCAGAUAAUUCUUCGUACGGAUGGCUGCUGCAGGGAUUGGCCACGUCGGAUACCCCCGCCGGUCCCUAUACCUUUGUCAAUGCGACGGCACCGAUGGGCAAUUGGUCGCAGGAUUAUGGGCUCUUCACGGAUUACAAGGAUGGACGAUCAUAUGCGCUGUACUCGAACGGAGAUAGGCAGGAGGGUCGCGAUGUCUAUAUUACUCGUUACAACGAGGAGGUCUCAGAGCUGGAAGAGGUGGUCUACCGAUUUAAUAAGUUCGAUCUCGAGGCGCCUACGAUUAUCCAAACGGACAAAAGUUAUUACGCGUUGAUGAGCCAUAAGACUGGAUACAGACCGAAUAAUGUUGUCGCGUUCCGCGCGGACUCUCUCGAGGGUCCUUGGUCCCAGCCCUUUAUGGUGGCGCCCCUUAACACGCGCACAUUCAACUCUCAAUCAGGCAAUUCGUUGAAGAUUGAGGGUUCUAAGAAGACUACCUAUCUUUAUAUUGGUGAUCAGUGGGACUCAAACUCGCUUUGGGAGAGUCGUUAUAUUUGGCUACCCAUGGAGAUUGACGACAAGAAGCAGACGCUAGAGCUGGUCUGGCACGACGUCUACGACCUCAAUGUCAAAACCGGCGAGUGGAAACCAAUCAAAGGAAAGGCUUACUACGGAAAGGAUGCAAAGACGUCCGGAGAUGCCUUCAAGCAAGAAGCAAGCUUCGCGAGCGACAACACCAUUCUGACCGGCAUCUACGGCAAUGACAGCACAGUUACAUUCGAAGGCAUUGAAGGCACAGGCAAGCCACAAUGGGUGUCAUUCUACUACCAGAACACUGAUGAUAUGGGAUUCGGAGACCAACCUGGUGGAACCCCUGACCGUAUCGGAGGUGAAUGGCAGCUCCGACGCAUUAGCAGCGUCGUUGUCAACGGCGAUACUUCCAACGUCCAGACACUCUAUCAGCGAGAUACUCACAAGAGUAUUAUCCUCUCCACUCCAUUGCAAUUAACACUUGAGAAGGGGAAGAAAAAUACUAUCACGAUCGGCGGACUUUACAACGGGUUCGACUACAAGGGAGCCGACCUGGAUCGGAUCGUGGUUUAUCCUCCAGAGGAAUAG